UAAGUGGGAGUAAUGUCUGCCUUUUCCUAUACGCGACCUGCAUGUCAUCUGUGGAGGUCCUCUUUAAUCUGAGGUUUACGGGUACUCGGCGAAUGAUGUACGCGUUUCGUCAUUAACGAUGGGGCCUCGUUACGCCCUGAUAGAGAAAUGUAAGUGAAACGGCCGUUUAUUGGCGGCGAACUGGCGGUAUUUGUGUGACAAUUGUGUCCCGGAGCCUGGUGACGUAGUACUCCAUUGUACUUGAAGUUUGUACUCUGGAAAGUUGUGUUCUUUUUCCUAUUUUUACCUCGGAGGGGAGCCCCCUAAAUGUAGGAUGCAACCAAAUGGAUAAAGAAAUAUUAAUUAGGAAGUGUUGUACAAGUCGCAAGUUAUAAGUUAGGAAAUCGCAGAUUUACUGAGGAAUAUUACAUGACAUUUCAUGAUGGCUACUAACCAACUCAUGGAUUCUUGCUUGCUCGUGAACAGAAGGGUCGAACAAAGACAAGAACACAGCAUUACUCACACUGAAAUUACCUCAAGGCGAAUUUUGCAAGAAAAAUUACCAGAUAUGCAACAUUACAAAGGUCCGGAUGGCGGUGGCUCAGUAAACGACACGGGCUAUCACUUGCACAGCAAUGGGCAUUCGGAACAUUCACCAAACUCAAGCCACAUGUCUGUGCACAGCGACGAGCCGUUAGUGCGUACCCACAAGCAACAAACAACUCAACAGGUGACUACCGUCACUAAAGUGGUGCGUGAAAUUCAACAAAUCGGAGACGGCCAACCGGGCGAGUACGUUCCAGUACCAAUCGGGGCUUAUCCCCAUCCAACACACUCUAGAACCCAAUACGUGGACUACAUGGAGCAACCAGCUCAUCAUAUGUACUCCCAGUACCAUCAGCAUCCUCACUACCAAGAUUACGAGCAUUAUCCGGCAGCUUAUGGAACGUACAUGGGAUAUCCACCCGGAGCAGAUCGUCCACCGACUCCUCCCACUCCUAGCGAACAUAGCGGAGCACCUUCUCCGUUACCUCUAUCCGCUCAGCCGGGUGGCGCUUAUUUGCCUUCCGGCUAUGACGAAUUAACCGAACAUUAUCGUGUCACUCCAUCGCCCGGUGGACCCAUUGUACUUGACCCUUACCAAGAUGAUUCUGCUGUCGUCUAUGGUUACGUUUCACCAUCGCCCUAUGGCACCGCAGGAAAUCACCCGGGACCAACAUACGAUGCCAGGAAUUACGAGGAAGCGCUUAAUGGACCCGUUCCGUCAAUGAGGUUGUACGACGAUGACCUAGAGAAGCAAGUCAGCAAAAUGUCUUUACACGGACAUCCUGUUGGGCUUCCACAUAAUAGAACUCAUGGUAUGGCUUCGCCGGGCAGUGUCGGAGGAGAUGAAGAUCAAAGAGGUAUGCGUUGGCGUGAUCCAAAUUUAACGGAAGUGAUCGGUUUUCUAAACAAUCCAAACAACGUAAUUAAGGCAAAUGCCGCGGCCUAUUUACAACAUUUAUGUUACAUGGACGACCCCAAUAAGCAAAAAACAAGGGCGCUAGGUGGAAUACCUCCCCUUGUUAAACUGCUUAACCACGAAAAUUUGGACGUUUACCGUAACGCUUGUGGUGCGUUACGAAAUCUUUCAUACGGCCGUCAAAACGACGAAAAUAAGCGGGCCAUUAAGAAUGCAAACGGCAUCCCCGCUCUAAUAAAUUUAUUGCGGCGGUCAAACGAGGCUGAAAUCAAGGAAUUAGUUACCGGCGUUAUAUGGAAUAUGUCGUCCUGUGAAGAUCUCAAGAGAUCGAUUAUUGACGAUGGAGUUGGCACUAUUGUGUCAUAUAUUAUUAUGCCACAUUCCGGAUGGGAUACUCAAGGGAAUCAUGGGGAAACUUGUUGGUCUACCGUUUUUAGAAACGCUUCCGGUGUACUUAGAAACGUUAGCUCAGCCGGGGAAUAUGCCAGAAAAAAAUUAAGGGAAUGUGAAGGUCUCAUCGAUUCUUUGUUAUUCGUCGUUCGAUGUGCUAUCGAAAAGUCCAAUAUAGGAAAUAAAAUUGUUGAGAAUUGCGUUUGCAUUUUGCGCAAUUUAUCGUAUAGGUGCCAGGAAGUUGAAGAUCCUAAUUAUGAUAAGAAUCCUUUACCUACACAAAGUAGAGUUUCGGCAAAUUCAAAAGGUGAAAAUUUGGGUUGCUUUGGUGGAAGUAAAAAGAAAAAAGAUUCCCAAUCUUCAGAAGUGAAAGAAAGUAACUCUGGAAUAUCAGGGAUAGGUGCAAAUAGUGCAGCAGCUCGAGGUGAACCGGUUCGCGGUACUGAGCUUCUUUGGCAACCAGAAGUCGUCCAAUCGUACUUAGCUUUGCUUCAAAGCUGUUCAAAUCCGGAAACUUUAGAAGCAGCAGCGGGGGCGCUACAAAAUUUAGCAGCUUGUUAUUGGCAACCGAGCAUAGAAAUCCGAGCAGCUGUGAGGAAAGAGAAAGGUUUGCCGAUUCUCGUCGAACUGUUGAGAAUGGAAGUGGAUAGGGUCGUUUGCGCGGUGGCCACCGCUUUGAGAAAUCUUGCCAUUGAUCAACGCAAUAAAGAAUUAAUCGGCAAAUACGCAAUGAGAGACCUCGUUCAAAAAUUACCUUCGGGAAAUCCACAACACGAUCAAGGAACAUCUGACGAUACGAUCGCCGCAGUAUUAGCCACAUUGAACGAAGUCAUUAAGAAAAACGCCGAGUUUUCUCGAUCGCUCCUCGAAGCGGGCGGAGUCGAAAGACUCAUGACCAUAACCAAACAAAGGCAAAAAUAUACACCUCGAGUGCUAAAAUUUGCCGGACAAGUAUUGUUUACUAUGUGGCAACACCAGGAUUUGAGAGACGUUUAUAAAAAACACGGAUGGAAAGAACAAGAUUUCGUUACCAAGACUGUUGCCGCAAGGAAUGCCGGGCCUAACUCACCAAACAACGCCAAUUCAACACUUAACAGACCGAUGGCUUCUCAAAGCGGCACACGAUACGAAGAUAGAACAAUGACAAGAAAUGCACCACCUACAAGAGGUGUUGCACCAGUUUAUCAAAGAAAUGAAGACAUUCCGAUGGCGGAUAUGGCGUACCCGGAGCCCCAACCGCCUGUCGGGGGCGUCCGGGCUUAUCCGCCGGGUCCGGGCACGAAUCCGUCAGCUCCCGAACCGUUGUACGCGCAGGUGAAUAUGGAGAAGAAACGUAACCGUCAGUCAAGCCUGAGUAACGCCAAUCACCUGGACGACCCGCAACUAGUAGCUCCCACCGGUAAGGACUCGUGGGUCUAGUCCGACCUACACUUGUUAUAUAUCAAUGUUAAAAAGUCGCAUGUUCAGAUAUAUAAAAAAUGCACUGAUUCAUAUUAAAUAUGUAAUAAUAUUUAGUUCUUGGUUUACUGUGAUGAGCUUUGAAAUAAAUUUUUGCUGUAAA